AUGACAUUGCUAAUCCCAGGUGAUAAAGCACCUGGAAGAGAAAUCGAUGUGUAUUUACGACCAUUAAUUGACGAGCUGAAAGAAUUAUGGGAAAAUGGUGUGCCGACAUAUGAUAAGGCUACUAAUUCUGUGUUUAACUUACGUGCGGCAUUGAUGUGGACAAUCAAUGAUUUUCCAGCUUACGCAAAUCUAUCGGGAUGGAGCACUAAGGGCUAUAAUGCAUGCCCUGUUUGUAAUGAGGACGGAACAUCAGAAAGGUUUAGCGACAAGAUUUGUUACAUGGGACACCGACGGUGGCUACCUUGGAAUCAUGCAUGGCGGGAUAACAAAGACUCUUUUGAUGGGAGAACUGAAUAUCGUGCUAGACCUCGGGAGUUCUCAGGGGAAGAGAUUUUAGCACAAGUUGCCAAUUUAAAUUUUGGUCGGAUGGGUAAACACGACAACAAUCCGGACAAGAAAAUGAAGAAAACGCCUGAGCAUCGAAAUUGGUCGAAAAAGAGUGUGUUCUUUGAGUUGGAGUAUUGGUCAAAGUUAAGAAUCAGGCAUAACUUAGAUGUCAUGCACAUCGAGAAGAAUGUUUCUGAUAGUGUUGUUGGAACAAUACUGGACCUAGAAGGAAAAUCUAAAGACACGCACAAAGCUCGCAAUGAUUUGAUGAAUUUGGGCAUAAAAGAAAAUUUGUGGCCUAGAGUGGGACGGCAACUAUUGGGAAGGUAUAAACGCUCUGUGCGGAACAAAGCACGUCCUGAGGGAUCUAUUACAGCGGUAUACCUUUCAAAUGAAUCCCUCACUUUUUGUGGGAUGUAUCUCCGUAAUGUUGAAAGUUCUUUUAAUCGACGUGAACGGAAUAUUGACAGUGGUGUGCGACAAGAGAAGCUUUAUGUAUUUGCCCAAAUUGCAAAACCGUUUAUGGGUAGUUCAAGUGUUGAAUUCACUAAUGCUGACAUGAAGAUAGUUGAAUGGGAGCAUGAGGAAAUAAUAAAGCGUGAAAGUAGUUCAAAUGUGGAGCAAAGACACAAAGAUAAGUUUCCUUCUUGGUUUCGUGAACAUAUGAGGAGCUUGGGAAAGGAAAAGUCACCUUUAUAUAAUGAUGAGUUGUUUGAGUUAGCGAGAGGUGCUGUGCGAGCUGAAACAUAUCAAGGUUGUGUUGUGAAUGGGGUUAAGUUUGUAGUUGCCGAACGAGAUGAUAGAUUAAUUACUCAGAAUAGUGGGGUGUAUGUGCCUGGAGAUGUCAAUACUGGAGAACUAGAAUUUUAUGGAAAGUUGACUAGUGUUAUUGAAUUGUUAUAUAGGCAGGGGUAUAAAGUGGUGUUAUUUAAGUGCCACUGGUUCAAUACAGACCCUUCUAGACGAGGGAGUAUAAAACGCGACUACCACUUAAUAUCAGUCAACACAAACACUCGUUGGUAUGAUAAUGAUCCUUAUAUUCUUGCCACUCAAGCGAAGCAAGUGUUUUAUGUGGCUGAUCCUAAGGCAGGUACUGGUUGGAAAGUAAUUCAAAGAAUUCAACAUAGAAAUGUAUGGGAUAUUCCGGAAAAGGGGGACUCCGAGGGUGAUAGUAGUGAUGAUGAUGUGACAUACCAAGAGAACUCUUCAUCAGACAUUCCCGACAUGGCACAAGUACAACACAUUGAUGAAACUUUGACUCCGUACUGCUUGGAAAACGUUCCUUCAGUUGCAGUUGAGAUUGACUCCAUCAUUAUAGAUCUUGGGGCUCUUCCCAGAAUUGAUGAAAAUGAAUUCAUUUACAAUUAUAAUGAAGAAAGUGAUAUAGAUACUAAUGACUACAUAAGCAAUGAGGAAAAUAGUACUCAUGGUGAUGAUAGUUCAAGCAGUACUACUGAUGACGAUAGUGAUCUGGAUUAUUAG